UCAUACUUGUUAGAUAAAUCAUGGCGAAGAACAUGACUCUGUUGUGGCAUUCUGGCUCUGCCCCUUGCUGGAGAGUUCUGAUCGCCCUGGAGGAGAAGAACCUGCGUGGAUACAACCAACAAAGGCUCUCCAUCUACAAAAUGCAGCACAGGUCGCAGGAGGUCCUGGAGAUUAACCCCAGAGGGCAACUUCCUGCCUUCAAACACGGCAACCUCCUCCUGAACGAGUCCUACGCUGCGUGCUUCUACCUGGAGAGCCAGUUCAGGAAGCAGGGAAACAAGCUGAUGCCAGACUGUCCUGCAGAACUUGCUAUGAUGUACCAACGCAUGUUUGAGGGCAUCACACUCUACCACAAGAUCCGAUGCUUGAUCUACUACCCCCGGAAGAACCCAGAAGACGAGCAAGAGAACAAUGCAGUGAGGAUAAUGGAGAAGGCUUUGCGUGAGGAAGUCAACCUGUGGGAAGGAUACAUGAAGAAGGAGCCCAAACCUUUCCUGACAGGACAGACCUUUUCCUUGUCUGAUGUGACCGUUUAUCCAGCCAUGGCCCUGCUCUUCUAUGCUGGGUUGCCUCUUGAGCGUUACCCGAAACUGGGGGAGUAUUACACUCAUUUGAAGGGGUGGCCUAGUAUCAAGACUACAUGGCCUCAGAACUGGCUGAAGAACCCUGAAGGACAUCAUCUACUCAAACACAUCUGAGAAUUAGUACUUCAUUUUGGGCCCAAAAGAAACAUCCUAAACAUAAAUUUAUGACAUUUUUCUUGUACAUUUACCAGGAGCUCAUACAAAAUGGGAGCAAAAUCAAGUGUUAUUGCAUGGUAUUCAAUUGUUAAAUGAAAAAAAAUCACCUUUGUUGCAACUUCCUGUAAUUUCAAACAACAUUGUGAAUAAAUACACAGCCUCGAUCCUUU